AUGAGUUGCGACGACGAGCGUCCUGCCAACAUGUUUGAUCUGAUGGCGCCACAGUUGGCCUCGACAUCGUGCAACGAGCACUACUUUUCCACUGCGGACUUGGGAGCUUCGACGUUGUACGCCACGACGACGGAUGCACCAGCCACGAUAGCUGGCAUACUUACGCCACAGCCAGCGACGUUGGCUCCGAUGUACAGCACGUGUCCGGUGCGUUUUGACGACCAGCGCUCUGCACCGGCAUCCACAUCCGUGUCGGGCAAACGCAAACACUCGGACGUGGAAAAGGACCGUCGAAGAAGCAUUUCAAAUGGGUUUGCGGUGCUGCAGAAUGUGCUUCACAACGAGUCCAACGCUAAACCGAUCUCCAAGUCGAUUCUGCUCCAGCAGGCGUGCGACGAGAUCCGCGAACUUCGCAAGAAACUCGACGCUAGUACUACCAUCAUCUCGCGGUUUGGUCUGGAAAACCUGUUCGUACCCACACCCUCAUCCACGCAUGCGUCGCCGCCGAAUGCGUCUAGUCGAAUCUACUCGCCCAUCAACCAGGCUUCCGAUGUACUGGCUGAUACACGUCGUGCUUCCAUAUCGACGAGUGCUACGCCGAUCCUGUAUAGCGAAGAGAAGCGCAAGGCGAAUGCGAAACGCAGACACUCGUACGAUGGGUCGUGGCAAGCAUCGGAUCGUGGCUCGAUCGACGACGAAGCCAGUGCCAGUGCCAGUGCCAGUAGCAGCGCUAGCUGUAGCAGUAGUAGCCACACGCAUUCCGACGAUACCGACUGCGACGACACCGACACCGACAUCCCAGCCGAAUCCGCACUCAAGGAGAGAACCAAACGCCACAAGGCCAGAUCCAAGAAAGAACGAGAUCGCACCAAACCGCGUUACAGACCGAAACCAUCAACCAACCGUUCACCAACUCCGUCCUCCUGCGCUUCCAGUACGCCCAACUCGCCGCCCACAUCAUCCAACCGCAACCGCGACCUCCAACAGGCCAUCCUCUCUCUCCUUCUCGAACUCCCCUCGCAUCUCGAAGACGUCAAAAACAAAAGACGUGCUUCGCAACCAACCGAACUCGCCGAUCCUUCCAGCGUAAAGUCCAGGUCCAAGAAACGUCACCGAUAA